ACGUUUCUAUUGAGAAUAAAUCCUUUUUGCUGUUGUCUUUCAGAUUUUUGCUUUACUUUGAAGAGCAGGAGUCUGUUUCCGGUGAAUCUGUCCGGUUUGAUGUCGCUGAGUUACCGUUUUCUUUUGAACAUUUUCGCAUUCAACAAACCUCCGUGAUUAACGCUGACUGUGGGAUGCUGGACACGAUUACUAACUUUCGAGAAACACAAAAGUGAUAUUUUACAUUUGUUUUUAAAUGUUAUCCAGUAUAUUUAUUUGUCGUCACGAGCGGAAUUUCUUGGCUAAAAUAUAGUUUAAUAAGCUAGCUAACGUUAGCUUAACUUUAAGUAACUUGUCUUCCCGUUCACAAACAAACAUGUCGGAGGACAACAUCACCUUGUAUGACUUGUUAAACUUAUCCAUCGGGACACCUCAGCAGGGAGCUGUCAACUUCAGCGCCCUCCACGCCCUGCUCCACGCCGUGCUGAAGCACCUGGGUAUCCGGGAGAUGAGGAUCCGGUGGACUGACUCUACCCCCGGCGACGCGCACACCGACGCUCUGAUGGGUGUCACCGGUCCCGGACAGGACCGGCACACAGAGGAGGAACAACUCCAGCUGGAGGGAGACAUGAAGCACGACGUUCAGCCCAGCAUCGAACUGCUGCAGCAGCAGAUAACCUCCUCCGCCGCAGACGAGUCAAAGCUCCGGUCCCGCAUCCAGACCUGCGAGGAUGGUGUGUCCAAGGCCAUGAGGCUCAUACAUGAGCUCCACAACCAGAAAGACAAUCUGAAGGAUGAGAUUAAGGAGCUGCGCCACCAACAGAAGGCGGUCGGUGCUGAGGCAGAGACAAUCACUGCAGUGGAGUGCCACCGUGUGGACGCCCUGGAGGAAGCAGUGGGAUCUCUAAUGGACACAUAUCAGAAGUAUCCAGACCCAGAGGAGCUGAGUCGGUGUGUGACCUGGGACGUCAUGCAGUCAGCUCUGCUCAAUGAGGGAGAAAACCACAAGGACUCUGUCAGGACAGCAGCUCCUGGUUUUCCAGCGACUUCUGGAGAGAACUUGACACUUCAGGGAGACCUGGGCACUCAGCCAGCCACAGAGACCUCUUUGGUCCUGUCAGGGCCACCUCAGCAGACUCAUCCUAAAACAGGCCGUGUGGCUGCUGGUUUGUCCCUGUCUCUAUCGGCCAGCAACUCAGAGCGCUACUCAGAGACGGUGGAGGCUCUGAGGAACAUUGGCAGACUGAGGGAAAACUUCAACAAGCUGGAAGCUCGUGUGGCAGCGCUGGAGAAAGGAAAGGUGGACCAGACACAGCUGGAUCAGCUCAGAGAAAUCAUCAGCGAGCAUGGUUCUCAGGAUGUGACUAAUAACCUGAUGGAUCGAGUGAACGAGCAGAGAGCUUUAAUAGAUGGCCUGAUGAGCGACCGGGAAAAGAGCGUGGAGCUGGUGAACGAUGUGCAGAAGGUGAUCCUGCAGCUUCAAGCCGAGUGUGAAAAACUGCAUGAAACAACCAGGUGUCUGCACGAGGACAACACACAGAAACAGAACCACAUAGAGGAGCUGUACAAGACGACAGAGGAGCUGGAGGAGAAGAAGGCUGACAAGCAGAUGGUUGAGAGUGAAAUUAAAGCAGAUAAAUCUGCUCUGGACAGCAAAGUGAGCCGACUGCAGUUUGACUCUGCGACGGAGCAGCUCAACACCAUGUUCCACGAGCUGCAGAACAAAGUGACGGACCAGGCACAGGACUGGCACAAAGUCAUCGACAAACUCUCCACUGAGAUGGAGUGUAAGCUGGUCAGGAUGGAGUUGGACUCUGUGAAGAAGCAGCUGGAAGACUGCAGGAAGAAUAUUCAUGAGAAGCUGCAGUCUCAGGGAGCUCCAGAGAACGACGAUGCUGCUGGUAUCAGAAAACAGCUCGUGGACAGAUUUCACUGCCUCUCCUGUGACCGACCUGUUGUCAAGCAGACCCCCGGACCGCAUUUGAUGACGCUUCCCUCCACUCCUGGAUUCCCCUCGAACAAGUCCAUCAGGCCGUUCACCGUGUAUGCUCUGGAGCAGUUUCGACAGCACUACAGGAGUGAGCGCAUCGCUGAGCUGGCGGACUACAGCCACCUGGCCGUGUCGAGGAGCUGCGGCGGGAGUCACACAGUGACCUCAGCCAGCCAACGGCGCACUGGCCUGCAGUACAUGAAACACCACAACCAGCCUGAGGGGGACGGUGUCAUUCAGUCGGAGGAGGUCGAUAUCAUCGGACUGGAUGGGCACAUUUACAGAGGUCGCCUGAACCCCCCAGCCAUCAGAACCACGGAAACUAAACUACCUACAAUCUCUACCAAAGACGUGACGGCCGGCUUGUGCAAGAUUAAAGACAAAGCCAAAUGCCCCCCGUCAUACAAACCCACGACUUCUCCAGAGGUGGGGCACAACGCUCCACUUCAUCACCCCCACAGUCCUAAGACUGCCCAGUGCAGCCGCUCAGCCUCCAGCAGCUCGGGUCGGGACUGGCCGGUGUCGGCUCUGGGCUGCACGUCUCAGAGCUCCAUCACUCAAGCUUCAGCUGCAGCAGACAGCAACACAGAGCCUCAGGACAACCAGCAGGCCGACCUGUAGGAGGCGACAGAGAGCUCUGCACUGUGUCUGAUAAGUCAUUAAAGCCGUUUCAUGUUACUGAUUCAAUGCUGGUUAAUGACAUGUUUUUGUGCUACACCUCCCAUAAAUCACCUGUCAAAUACUUUUAUAUAUUUUUGAGUUCUGUGAUC